AACACACUCUUCCUUUCUGUCAAUUUUGGCUUUGGAUUGAAACUGCCGGAGCAAAAUCGUAUAACCGUAUUUCACAACAGACGUUUCAAGAACUGGUCGAUUAUGAUUAUGGUGAAGUUCAUCCGACCAUAAUCCAUCAAAGAAUUCUCAUUAAUUUCGUCUAUAAAAGAUUCGUUGGAACCCACACCAACGAGCAGAACAAUUCUGACAACGAGGAUCCAGAAGAAAACAAUUCCAACGAGUAUUACUCUGAAACAAUUGACGCCGGAACGCAGACCGAAGGAAGUGACGAAGAAAGAAGAUCCAAAAAAUCAAUUGAAGACGGAAAUCUAAUCGAUUUCUUUAGUUCAGAAAAUUCACACACUGAUGACGAAGAAGAAAUAAUCUACAUUGAGGAAACAAUUAUCAACGAAGAUAAUGAUACAAGCCAAACUGACGAAGAACAAGAUGACGAACCCGAGCAAAGAGAAAGCCCAUCCCACGAACAAGAAAACAUGGUCAAUGUUAAUGACGUGUUGAACGCCAGUGGAUAUCCAGCAAGAACUACCCAAUAUAACAGAUGGCCAAUAACCUGUUCCAAUUGUGGGCAAGAAGGACACAUCAGUACUGGAUGUUCAAAAUCAAUUCCCACCAACAGUUACCAGCAAAAUCGAGGAAAUGGUUGGCAAGAUCGCAAUAAUGCGAAUAAUAGGAAUUCGCAUCUGCAAAACAACACCAGACCAAAUGCAUCAAGUGGAUCAGCGAACAAUGGACAAAUAAACAACAAUACUAAUACAGCAUUAUUGAUACAGAUCCAACAGCUCACCGAUGCACUACAAAAUGGAACGGAAAAGGAAAUCUUCGAAGAGGAGCCACCGGAAAUCCUCGCCAGAGGUGUCAAGAGAGAGAUAACUCUUAGUUUCGAGGAGGAAGAGGUCGAAGACUGGGAAAAAUUAUUUAUUCAAACGGAUUAG